AUGUCUCUGCUUCUAAACCAACCUUUGAAGCUACUAUGCUUUCGGAGGAAACCUGUACUGGUAAGAUCCUCUCUGAUGCAAACCCCUCCUUGUUCAAUCGUCGGCGUUCAACCUUGUGGAGCUGAUCAUCUCGGGAGACUCGAUGUUAUGAUGAUGUCUCGACGCACUUGCUUGGAAAAGAAGGUACCUCUAGAGUUGGUAAAUAGUGAUCCAAUGGUAACGAUCGGGUCAUCCCAUGGUUGGGUAGCUACUUUGAAGGAGGAUGGUAUAUUGCGUCUCCAAGACGAUCUAAACCCGGUUGCAUCGGAUACAAACCCUAAACGCAUUCCCCUGCCUCCUCUUGUAACUCUGCCUCAUUGCCAAACCCAAAUCGUUCUACUUCAAAUCAAAUCAACACAUUGUGUAUUCUGGCACCUUACCUACAAACAAAUCAACACGUUUCUAACCAAUACAAAUCAACACGCUCAAAAUCAUUUGUUCAUGGAUUCUAAAACACUUUCGAAUCAUAUAAAAAUAAAAAUACAUCAAUUUCAAUCCAAAUACGGACUUAGUGUUAUAUACAUUAUUAAUUCCAUUAACUUGUUGAACCAAAAAAAAAAAUUCCAUGAAAUUGAUUUUGAUAUGGAUUUCUAUAUACUUAAAAAUCUGUUCUUUUGUAAUUUGUAUUUUAACUAA